AUGAAGUAUUCACCUAUUGAAAAAAUGUGCCUCGCGUUAAUCUUCGCAGCAAAAAAGUUGAGGUAUUAUAUGCUAUCACAUACAAUCAAUCUUGUUUCAAAGAUUGAUCCAUUGAAGUACAUAAUGUCCAGACCAAUUCUUUCUGGAAGGAUUGGAAAAUGGGCAUUACUAUUGUCUGAGUUCGACAUCAAAUUCAUUCCACAAAAGGCCAUUAAAGGACAAGCUUUGGCGGAUUUCCUUGCUGACCACCCAAUUCCAACAGAAUGGGAACUUCAAGAAGACCUUCCCGAUGAAGAAGUUCUAUUCACCGAAAUCAUACCAUCAUGGAGGCUAUACUUCGACGGGGCAGCUCGAAGUUAUGGUGCCGGAGCAGGAGUGGUCUUCAUCACUCCUCAUGAUCUUGUCAUGCCCUACUCAUUUGCCUUAACAGAGAAAUGUUCGAAUAAUGUGGCAGAAUAUCAAGCUCUUAUCAUCAGCUUAGAAACAGCUUUAGAUAUGGAUAUUCACCAGCUGGAAGUCUUUGGAGACUCUAAAUUGAUAAUCAACCAACUUUUAGCUGAAUAUGAAGUCUGUAAUUCAGACUUGAAGCCAUAUCAUGAACAUGCAGCAAUGCUUAUGAGACGAUUUGAUUCGAUAAAAAUCAAAUUCGUCCCGAGGAGUGAAAAUAAGGAAGCUGAUGCCUUAGCUAAUUUGGCUGCUAUUUUAGCUAGAUCAGAUGAAGACUUUUCCCACUCCAUAUCAAUUGCUCAAAGAUGGGUGCUUCCGUCAUUGCUACCCAGUAAUUUAGAAGAAAACAAUAGUGUCGAAGUAAUCGAAGAUGAGGAAAGAGAAGAUUGGAGACAGCCAAUAAUCGAUUUCCUUCAACAUCAAAAGCUACCAGAUAAUCCAAGGCGAAAAACAGAAAUCAAGAGGCGUGCCUCUCGCUUUAUCUUUUAUAAGGGAACACUUUAUCGACGAUCAUUUGACGGAGUUUUCCUUCGAUGCCUAAGUAAUGAUGAAGCAACGCAGGUCGUGAAAGAAGCCCACUCUGGAAUUUGUGGUGCCCACCAGUCUGGACCUAAACUCUAUUUUCGAAUAAAGAGGAUGGGAUAUUACUGGCCAACUAUGGUACAAGACUCCAUGGAUUAUGCAAGAAAAUGUGAAGCUUUCCAAAUCCAUGCAAAUUUCAUCCAUCAACCUCCAGAACCAUUACAUCCGACAAUAGCUUCAUGGCCGUUUGAUGCAUGGGGUCUUGAUGUCAUUGGGCCUAUAUAA